GUUUUCUGCGUCUGAAGCUUGGCGUAACUGUCAUUCUGUGGCGACGGCUAUGUUGGUUGGAGAUAGCGGUGGAUUAAAGCGCACGACAUCGAGGGAAUUAGCAACAGCCGUAGACAAAUACGCCUUUACCCAGUAGUAAUUAGAUCACAGUUAGCUCAAACAAUGUCGCUCAUUUUAUGACAGUGUUUAAAAAUUAUGGACCAUGUAGGUUUCUGCGAUAAAUAACGGAUGAUUUAACGUUAGCUAAUUCUGCUCUGUAAAACGUCGCUUAUAAAACGUUUUGUUAGUUACGUAUUCCUAUAUCUCUAUUUUCUACAACACUGUCGUUGUUUUAAUAUUUUAAUUCCGUAAUUUGCGUUAGUGUAGUUAUUGAUUAUCGCUGUAGCGGAAUACUUAUUGCACUGGGAUGGACAAUGCCCAUACGAAAACGGUGGAGGAAGUAUUGGGGUUUUUCUGCGUGAACGAGUCAACUGGCCUGAGCAGCGAGCAGCUGAGGAAGGCUCGAGAGAAAUGGGGAUCAAACGAACUCCCAGCGGAAGAAGGGAAGUCUCUCUGGGAGCUGGUAUUGGAGCAGUUCGAGGAUCUUCUGGUGCGGAUCUUGCUGUUGGCGGCCUGCAUCUCUUUUACUCUUGCCUGGUUUGAGGAGGGUGAGGGGACGAUCACAGCCUUUGUGGAGCCCUUCGUUAUCCUUCUGAUCCUCAUUGCUAAUGCUAUUGUUGGUGUGUGGCAGGAGCGUAAUGCAGAGAACGCGAUCGAGGCGCUGAAGGAGUACGAGCCGGAGAUGGGGAAGGUUUACCGCCAGGACAAGAAGAGCGUGCAGCGGGUCCGGGCCAGAGACAUCGUGCCGGGAGACAUAGUGGAGGUGGCAGUUGGAGACAAGGUACCAGCGGACAUCCGGCUGACCUCUAUCCGCUCCACCACACUAAGAGUGGACCAGUCCAUUCUGACGGGGGAGUCCGUGUCCGUGCUGAAACACACGGAUCCAGUGCCUGACCCCCGCGCCGUCAACCAGGACAAGAAGAACAUGCUGUUUUCUGGCACCAACAUCGCCGCGGGCCGGGCCAUGGGCGUGGUGGUGGCCACGGGCGUGCAGACGGAGAUCGGGAAGAUUCGGGACGAGAUGGCGGCAACAGACCCGGAGAGGACUCCGCUGCAGCAGAAGCUGGACCAGUUCGGAGAGCAGCUGUCUAAGGUGAUCACCCUGAUCUGCGUGGCCGUGUGGGGCAUCAACGUGGGGCAUUUCAACGACCCCGUCCACGGGGGCAGCUGGCUGAGGGGGGCAGUUUACUACUUCAAGAUCGCCGUGGCCCUGGCGGUGGCUGCCAUUCCUGAGGGUCUCCCUGCUGUCAUCACCACCUGCCUGGCGCUGGGCACGCGGCGCAUGGCCCGUAAGAACGCCAUCGUGCGCAGCCUGCCCUCCGUGGAGACGCUGGGCUGCACCUCCGUCAUCUGCUCCGACAAGACCGGCACGCUCACCACCAAUCAGAUGUCUGUGUGCCGGAUGUUUGUGGUGGACAGUGUGAUGGGGGAGCAAUGUGCCCUGAGCGAGUUUACAGUGACCGGCUCUACUUACGCUCCAGAAGGGGAAGUGUAUAAGGAUGGCAGUCCUGUUUGUUGUAGCCAGUUUGAAGGACUUGUUGAAAUGGCCACCAUCUGUGCCCUCUGCAAUGACUCCUCCCUGGACUACAAUGAGGCGAAGGGCGUGUAUGAGAAAGUGGGUGAGGCCACAGAGACUGCCCUCUGCUGCCUGGUGGAGAAAAUGAACGUGUUCGACACAGACCUGCGUGGGCUCGCUCCUGCAGAGAGGGCCACAGCCUGCUGCUCUGUGAUAAAGCAGCUCAUGCAGAAGGACCUGACGCUGGAGUUCUCUAGGGACAGGAAGUCCAUGUCCGUCUUCUGCUCCCCCAACAAGCUGAGCCGCUCCGCCUCAGGAGCCAAGAUGUUCAUAAAGGGUGCCCCGGAGAGCGUUCUGGAGCGUUGCCAGUGGUUACGGGUUGGGGGGAGUUCACGGGUGCCCCUUACGGGGGUCCUGCGGGAGCAGCUGCUGGCAACGGUGCGUGAGUGGGGGUCAGGGCGUGACACCUUGCGCUGCCUCGCCAUGGCAACCCGCGACUCCCCGCCCGACCCCCGCUGCCUCAACCUGGAGAACUCCGCCGGCUUCUCUGACUACGAGUCGGACCUGACCUUCGUGGGCUGCGUGGGGAUGCUGGACCCCCCCAGGAAGGAGGUUCUGAGUGCCGUGCGCAUGUGCAGACAGGCAGGGAUUCGCGUCAUCAUGAUCACAGGGGACAAUAAGGGGACGGCGAUGUCCAUCUGCCGCCGCGUGGGCAUUAUCACGGAGCAGGAGGAGGAGGAGGGGCAGGGCGGGCCAUUUGGGGGGGGGCUGACGGGGCGCGAGUUCGACGAGCUGCCCCCCCACCUGCAGCGGCAGGCCUGUCGCACCUGUCGCUGCUUCGCCCGCGUGGAGCCCACCCACAAGAGCCGCAUCGUAGAGUACCUGCAGAGUCUGAGCGACAUCACCGCCAUGACAGGAGAUGGGGUAAACGAUGCCCCUGCCUUGAAGAAGGCAGAGAUUGGCAUCGCCAUGGGCUCUGGGACGGCCGUUGCUAAGUCAGCCUCGGAGAUGAUUCUCGCCGACGACAACUUCUCCACCAUUGUGGCAGCGGUGGAGGAGGGCCGAGCCAUCUACAACAACAUGAAGCAGUUCAUCCGCUACCUCAUCUCCUCCAACAUUGGAGAGGUGGUCUGUAUAUUCCUCACUGCUGCAUUGGGAAUGCCCGAGGCCUUGAUUCCAGUCCAGCUGCUGUGGGUGAAUCUGGUGACAGACGGGUUCCCAGCCACAGCCCUGGGGUUCAACCCCCCCGACCUGGACAUCAUGUCACGGCCCCCCCGCUCCCCCAAGGAGCCGCUCAUCUCCGGCUGGCUCUUCUGCAGAUACCUGAUCAUCGGCUGUUAUGUGGGUGCAGCCACUGUGGGAGCUGCCGCUUGGUGGUUCAUGGCAGCUCAUGAUGGACCCAAAGUCACCUUCUACCAGCUGUCGCACUACCUGCAGUGCAGUGAGGGGCACAGUGAGUUUGCGGGGGUGCAGUGUUCGGUUUUCGAGUCGCCGUACCCCAUGACCAUGGCCCUCUCCGUCCUUGUCACCAUAGAGAUGUGCAACGCCCUCAACAGGUGCCGGAGGACCACAACUCCCACAAUUCCAUUAAAUUAAAAUGGAUAUAUUCUGUUGCCAGUUUACCAUGCAUGAGCUAAAUUUCAGUUGAUUUUCUGAAUUUACUGAAUUGAAAUUAAAUUGAGUCCCGGUUUGGCUGGUGAGCAGU